AUGAUACAGACGCCAAGGGAGUUUUUGAAUCCACGGUACACGUACCAUACUAUCUUCAGCGACGUGUGCAAGACACGAUUCAACCAUUUGGUUACGAGGUUGUUUUUCAUAUGUUCAAUUAUCCAGAGUGUGGGUAUUUCACUGCUGGCGUUGCCUUACUCACCGUUGUGGGAACUCGCGUUGGCGUUUAUUCCCAACAUUUUGGUUUUAAACUUAGUUUCCCUUCUGGUUAUUGUGACGAGAAAGAAUUACAUGCAUGUAAAGAAUUUCGGGUUUGCUAAUUCACUUACUUUUAUUCUAGGCCAAUUGCUAUCGACGAAAUUUAUUGUAUACCAAGGCGUUUACUCUAUGGGAAGUUUUCUUUUAUCGCUUGUAUUGGGUGUGGUUUUUGGACGUGGAGGGUCUGGAUGGAAACCGUACUAUAGGCUAUUUAUCUGGUUCAUCGUUCCCACGAUUUAUAACCUGCAACAUCAAGUUACUGACGCUGACAAAUUGUCAUUUAAUUGUGAAGACUUUUUCCAGGCUCCACAAGAUUACGUAUUAGAGCGUGUGAAGAAGAUCCUAGAGAAAUCAGUAAUUUUAGCCGUAGUGAGCAUGCUCGCAUUACCUGUCAUUACUACAAUACUUUUCUCCAGUCAAACGUCCGGACUAUUUGUUUCAUUCACGAGUGGUGUGGUAGCUAGCGCAAACCUGCUAAUAAUAUCCUACAUUAUCUUCAUCACUUUUGAAUUCAUAAACAUAGCAUUUGACGCACAUAUGUCUAUUGGUUGUUUGCAUAAGGGCAAACUAAUUUCAAACUUAUCAUCAACGCCAAUGGAAACUUUGCUUAGCGGGCUCUCUUCAGACAAACCAUUUACUAAGUUGACUGCCUACCAGGAACUAGCUUAUAGAGCCACCUCACUAGAUCCAUCAUUGCGAGCACCAAUAUACCACUCCAAGUUUAGAAGUAGUAGCGGUAACACAUGGUCACUAAUUCUCAAGGAAUGCUUGACGACCAUUCAAAGCAAUAAUGAGACAGUUGUGCAGUAUUUGAGAUCCAUACAAGAUCUUGGAAACUUCACAGCUGCUAGACAUCAAAAGAAAAUGGACAACCUAGAUUAUAUGUACGAGAACGGUAAACUGACGAAUGCCAACGAGAAACUCUUCGGAAACCGGCCCUCUAUGAUGACGCCGUCAAAGUAUAACGAUUCGUCGGAUGAAUCACCAAAUAAGUUAAGAGUAGUAACUGAUGACAGUGUAUUGCUUAACCGCGGCAACAAGAAAAGACAUAGUUCCUCAUAUUUGCACAAUGAUUUGGAUGAGGCUAGGCAAACCUUUAAUGGUUCUAUUUUUACGCACGAGACAACAUUUAUGACUGCAGUACGUUUAAUGUUCAAGAAAAUGAAAAACUCUGUAAUGUCUUUUAUUUUCCCCUCCUACGCAGAAAGAAAAUCCUUUAAUGAAGAUGACAAUUACAGAGUAUUACCAAACAGUUCCAACAGGGCUCAAAUCUCGAUAAUCGACAUAUGGUCCAUUUCCAAGAAAAAACAAGCUGAGAAACUGGUUCCAUUACCCAUAUGCCACGCCAGCAGCGUGAUAGCAUUAACAGGACUACUGAUCAGAUCAAGAACAGAGGAUUCAAAGGGUGGAAUUAUUGCCUCUGUCGGAGAUAUUCUCAAGACUUUGGAGAGGUCCAUCUGUGCAUUGGGUGAAUUCGCCGAUUGGGAUCCAGAAUCCAUGGCAUACACUGCCUUCCAGACACAAAGAACUGCCCAGGACAGAGUACAAUACGACAGCAAAGACGAAAAUAGCAUAAAAGACACUACAGACAUGAUUAGUGUUCUUUAUCAGCUGUCAACUAGUGCCUUUAUGGAAAUUGUACUCGAAUACAAUGUUGCAUUGAAUGAUGUAUAUCUAGAUGCAGAUGUAGCCAAGUUAGCGAACUGGUUUCUAGAAGUGUAUGCCACAGGCAACACCACAGCUAUAUAA